AUGUGCCUGUCCUGCGAUGCCGGGCUCUUCCUCACCCCGACCGGCGGCUGCUCGGCCGCCUGCCCGGCCAAGAUGUAUGGCGAUGCCCCCUCGGCGAGCUGUCAGCCGUGCGACCCCGGGUGCGCCGAGUGCCUCGGCCCUGGCGACGAUGAAUGCACCGCCUGCAUCGGCGGCCUCGAGGCCAUCCCGGCGGCCACCGCGCCGCACGCCUGCGUGUCGCCCUGCCCGUCCGGGGAGUUCCGCCAGCCUGGUACCACCGCGUGCCAGCCCUGCGACGGCGCCUGCGCCGAGUGCACCGGGCCCACCGACCAGGACUGCUGGCGCUGCGAGGGUACCCACCUGCAGGAGGGCGAGUGCGUGCAGGAGUGCGCCCCCAAGCAUGUGCCCCAGGGUGGGCGGUGCCUGCCGUGCCAUCUGUCCUGCGACGCCUGCUCCGGCACCCGGUCGACCCAGUGCACGGGGGCCUGCCCGCCCGGGCUGGUGGCCCUGCCCCAGGAGGGCGGCCUCAUGAGCUGCGUGGCCAACUGCCCGAUCGGCUACACCCGGUCCAGCACCGAGUGCGUCAAGUGCGCGGCCCACUGCGCCAGCUGCCCGGGCUCCGCCAAUGCCUGUGGCCAGUGCGAGCGCGGCUGGUUCCUGAACGAUGCCCAGGAGCAGGUCUGCCUGGCCUGCCCGAAGCACUGCGAGGCCUGCGCCCCCGGUGGCGGCAUGCCGGCAUGCACCAUCCUCCCGGACGGGGCGCUCAGCUGCCCGACGGUGCCCUCCUGCCUCCGGUGCGAGGCGCCCUACCUGCUGCUGGAGAACGGCACCUCCUGCGUGCCGGCCUGCCCGGCCGGCUUCUUCGACGACCAUGAGCCCGCGGUCCCCGUCUGCGGGCCCUGCCACUCCAGCUGCGCCACGUGCAUGGGCCCCGGCAAGACCGACUGCCUCACCAACAGCCCGGAGGCCUUGCGCCGGAUGCGUCUCGCGCUGGGCCUCGGGCUCGGCUUCGGCGUCCUGCUCCUGCUCCUGGCGCUGGUGCUCGUCCUUCUGGUGUAUCGCCGUCGAGCAGCGUCCAAGGAUCCCGACACCCCGGAUGAAGACGCCACCGUUCUCAAUACCAUUGUCGAGCUCUCCCUGCCGGGGUCCAUCCAGGUCUGCCUGGCCAGCGACUUCGCCCCGCUUGACGCCCCGCUCGGGGCCGGCGGCCAGGCCAGCGUCUUCGCCGCGCGGGCCGUCGGCGCCGGGAUAUCCGCCCGCCUGGGCUGCCCGGAUACCGUGGCCAUCAAGCAGCUGAAGGCCAGCACCCUGACUGCCUCGCGGGCGGCGCUCUUCCAAAACGAAGUUGCCCUCAUGUGGCUCCUGCGCCAGCAGCCGAACAUCGUGCACAUCUACGGCUACAGCGACCGGCCGCCGGCCAUCGUCAUGGAGCGCUUCGACGCCGACCUGGCCGGGCUCCUGCACUCGGAGGUGGAGCUGUCCCUGCAUGCGCGCCUGGACCUGGCCACCCAGUGGGCCACCGGGCUGGAGGCCAUGCACGCGGCCGGCAUCGCCCACGGCGACCUGAAGCCCGGCAACGUGUUCGUCACCCAGACGGCCGGGUCCUGGUACGCGGCCCUCGGCGACCUCGGCACCAGCCGCAGCCUCCAAGCCGACCGGGCCACGGCCCUGGUGGCCACGGCCCCCGAGCUGAAUGCCCUCUCGGCUCGGUACGCCGCGCCCGAGGUGCUCGAGGCCUUCCAUCGACGCCGGCCGCUCCCCCGCGAGGCCCUCCCCCCGGCGGACAUCUACGCCGCGGCCAUCCUCCUGUGGGAAUGCCUCGCCCGGUCGGUCCCCUGGCAGGGGUGCUCCUUCCGGGACAUCGCCGACCAGGUGGCGGCCGGGCGUCGGCCCGACGUCGAGCUGGCCACCGGCCCGGUCGCCCAGGCAAGCCCGGCCUUGGCACAGACUCUGGCCGGCACGCUGCCGCUCUUAUGGGGCUCGGACACCGGCGCUCGGCCUCUGGCCGCCGCCCUGCGCCACACGGUCGCCGCCCUGCGGGCCAUGCUCCCCAGCCAGUAG